AUGAAACGGGCGCCUGCAGGCAAAAAGGGCGUGGCCCUCGCAAAGCGCUCUCAGGCGCGGCUGGAUGCGCUGGAUCACCUGCCUGAGAAUGCGACGAUUGAGGAGAUCAAAGAGGCAUCCGUCAACGUUUCGCUCGCCGAGCUGGAGGAGAGAGUUGCAGAUGUGCGCGACUCGUGGGAGACGGACUCGCUGUUUGAGGAUGCGCUGGAGGAACUGACGGAAGAGAGUGGAGUGUAUUCUGGGAGGCCAGAUACCUGCACGCCUGAAGAGGCCUGCAGACUGCGUCGUGAACUGCGCGACCAGGGACCGGCGGUCUUCUGCCAGCGCACAGUCGACGCUGGUCGCUACAGCGCCAAAAAGCUGCUCAGCGCCUUUGGCAUCCGGCCACCUGCGUUUCUGGACGGCCAGCCGGACGAGGCCUACUUCAGCCUUCUCUCGCUGGCCAUUACGCGUGAACUGUCCAAGAGGGCCAAGCUGACGCGCUACAACUCCGUUCCGGACGCCGUGGAGCUCAUCAGAAAGUGCAACAACAUCGUCGUCAUCACCGGCGCCGGCAUUUCCACGUCUCUGGGCAUCCCGGACUUUCGAUCGGCGGGCACAGGUCUGUACUCGAAGCUGGAGCACCUGGGCCUCAACGACCCCCAGGAGGUCUUUGACAUUGAGACGUUCAAGCAAGAUCCAACUAUUUUCUACUCGGUUGCCAAGGACAUCAUCCCCUCAACCGAUCGAUAUACGCCCACCCACAAGUUCUUGGCCAUGCUUCACGAGCGCGGCAAACUGCUUACCAACUACUCUCAGAACAUCGACAACCUAGAGGUCAAGGCCGGCCUGCCCAAGGAGAAGCUGAUCCAGUGCCAUGGCUCAUUCGGAACUGCAAGCUGUGUCCAGUGUCACUACCAGAUUCCAGGCGAGAAGAUCUUCCCGGAUAUCAGAGCGGGCAAGAUUCCCAAGUGCACGCGAUGCCUCUCAACACUCAAGGCGUCUGGCGCUGCGCCCAAGCGAAAGCGAUCUGCUGGCGCCGAGAAGAAGAGACGACGCUGGACCGACAACGAUAGCUCAGACGACACGUCGGAAUACGACAUUCCCACCACAGGCGUCAUGAAGCCCGACAUCACCUUCUUUGGCGAGGCCCUGCCUGACGAGUUUUCGCGCCGCCUCACGGAGAACGACCGCGACAAGGUGGACCUGGUCAUUGUCAUUGGCACUUCGCUCAAGGUUACGCCAGUGUCGGAGAUUGUCAGCUUCCUGCCGCCGCAUAUCCCGCAGAUUUACGUUUCUCGCCAGGCCGUCAGCCACAUCAACUUUGACAUUGACCUGCUGGGCGACUGCGACGUCGUCGUGGCGGAGCUCUGCCGACAGCUCGACUGGCCGCUUGUCCACGAGAUGGUGCCCGUGGAUCAGAAGAUUAGUGUGCGCACCGAGGACGGCUAUGCAAGCCGCCAUGUCUUUACCUCCAACAAGGCUGCUGAGAAUAGCUCUGCCAAGGCUGAAAAAGAACCCAAAGACGCCAAAAAUGGCAGAGACGUCAAGAAUGCGAGGAGUGGCAGAGGUAGCAGGAGCCCCAAGGUGACCAAUGGCACCACCAAGAACGCCUAA